AUGCAGGGAAACAAAUUCGUCGUGUUGUUGAUUGCAAGUCUGUGUGUUGUUGCAGUGAAUGCUAACCGUCAAGGCAACAGGGGAAAUGGUGUUCAAUCAGUUGGAAAUGAAUAUUCGAGUGUGUCUGAACAGUUAGGUCAGUUGUCUGGAGGCGGGGGAUAUCAAUCUUCAGUAUUUCGACGUCAACACGGUGGUAGACACAGAUCUGGUCAGUCGUCAUCAGGCCAAUCAGGACAGCAACAGCAACAGCAACAACAACAACCACAAGAACAACAGCAACAAUCGAAUGUGGUGAAGAGGAAGAUGAUGUGUCAGUGUGAGAGUGAGGCGCCUCGAGUCCAUCCACCUGUCACGUAUGACAACUUCGCUGAAGAAAGCUACAACUAUGACUACCAACCUACUGAAAACCCAUCUGGAAGCUAUGAAGGUGAAUAUUAUACUGUUAGGAAGCGUCAUCUGGCUUAA